CUCUGGGACACACGACGGUAGAAAGAGGUGAUCCGUUGACUCAUCUGGAUUAUCUCAUGCGGUAUCUACUGUAUUGCUUAUUCUUAUGUACCGGACACUUCUAGUCCUUGCAUGCAACAGCGCUUGAAAAUCUUCAACCGGGUGCCGCCAUAAGUAUGUUAGCAGGCUCCUAUUUGAACCAAAAACGAGUGCGUGAAAGAUAUGAUAUCAUCGGAUUCAUCAGCAGUGGCACAUAUGGCCGGGUAUUCAAGGCAAGAGGUCGAACCGGCCAGGUGGGAGAGUUCGCCAUCAAAAAAUUCAAACCGGACAAAGAAGGGGAGCUGCAGUACACGGGCAUCUCACAGUCCGCCAUCCGGGAAAUGGCUCUAUGCACCGAGCUGUCGAACCCGAACGUAGUUCACACGGUCGAGAUCAUCCUCGAGGACAAAUGUAUAUACAUUAUCUUUGAGUAUGCCGAGCACGAUCUGCUGCAGAUCAUCCAUUAUCAUACCCAGACGUCGCGACCGGCCAUCCCUCCCAUGGUCAUCAAGUCGAUUCUAUACCAGCUCCUGAACGGCGUCCUCUACCUCAAUCGUAACUGGGUGAUGCACCGUGAUCUUAAACCCGCCAACAUCAUGGUCACCUCCGCCGGGGCGGUCAAGAUCGGCGAUCUGGGACUCGCUCGUCUUUUCUAUAAGCCUCAGGCGACGCUUUUCGCCGGCGAUAAAGUCGUCGUGACCAUCUGGUACCGCGCACCGGAGCUUCUCCUAGGGUCACGGCAUUAUACCACCGCCAUCGAUCUGUGGGCCGUCGGCUGCAUCUUCGCCGAGCUCCUGUCCCUUCGACCGAUCUUCAAAGGCGAAGAAGCGAAGAUGGACGGCAAGAAAUCGGUUCCCUUCCAGCGCAACCAGAUGCAGAAGAUCGUCGAGAUCCUGGGGUUGCCGACGGUGGACCGGUGGCCCCUUCUGAAGCACAUGCCGGAAUAUGGACAGCUAUCCAACCUCGCGCAGGGAAAUAGUCGCGUCUUGAACCCGGUCGGCUUGGAGAAAUGGUAUACCUCGACGGUGGCUCAUAACAGAUACGUCGUCCCGAACAGUUCCCCUCCAGGGACCAAGCCCGACGUGCCAGGCCGCGAUGGCCUUGCCCUUCUGCAAGGGUUGCUCGAAUAUGACCCGAUGAAACGCCUUACCGCGGAGCAGGCGCUGCAACAUCCGUAUUUCCCAACGAACCAGGCCGAGCGGGACGUGUUAGGGAAGAAUUGCUUCGCGUGGAGCUUUACAGACUAUCCGAAUCGCCGAGUGAGUAGCGAUGAUAAUGAUAUCCGUACCAGCAGUUUGCCUGGCACCAAGAGAGGUGGACUACCGGACGACAGCUUGAGACCGGGCAAGAGAUUGAAAGAGUGAAGAGAUGGAGCAUCGAAGAUAUCCAACCCAUUUCGUCAUGCGCCUACACCAAACAAGAUAUCAUUAACAUCCAUCGCCUUGCUAUCCCCCAGCUCUACACCCGUUCGCACAAGACGGAGAUUUCUGAAGAAUUGGCUUUCCUAGUCUAACACGGCAGAUCUCUAGCUCACCCUCGUCGACGACCCCCUUGAGGACGUGAGGGAGUCCGAAGACAGCUUCACCAAUGUUUUCAGCGACGGCUUUUUCAAGGCCGAUUUUCUCCUGUCCGAGUCGUCGGGAGAAACCAUGGAAAUAGACGAGCCCGAUUACCAACAACUAGUUACCGAUCUGGACCCAUCGUCCUCGCGUCAGGAUACGGAAUACCAACUCAAAAACUGAAACGGGGUGUUGCUUG